UCAUCUUCAUCAUCACCCUCGGCAGCCCCACAACUCCUCCCCUGCUCCCUGCUCCAGAGAGGCCCGGGUGAGUGGGGAGGGGAGCCAGCCUGGGUCGCAGGAAGCAGUCACUCCUUGGCUCAACUUCCUUCCCGGACUUGGUACUGGCCCCGGGUGGCGAAUCCGUCUCCCCUUCCUUACUCAGCCCCUUAUCCUGCUGCCAGCUACCCUAACUCUCCAUAGGGACGUGGCGGAGAAAAAGGGUGUCUACCACGUGGGUUGCCAGAAACAGCUGUUGCUUGGAAUAGAGAGAGGUGUGCAUCACAACACAGCCUCCCCCCUGCCUUGGAUUUCUAGGACGUAAUUAGGGCUAAACUUACCGAGCUAGCGUUAUUAGCGAGCAGACACACGCCAAGACUGAGAGACAAAAGAGCCACUCACUUCCGCCCUUAAAUUAAUGAUGGAUGAGGACAAGGAGGGCAUGAAAGAAGAGAAGUCAGAGGGGAUCCCUAUAUCUGGCACACCAACCAAGGUCAAAGAUGGGGGUGUGAAACUGGAUGCAGACAGGCCAUUGAUGAAGAAUGAGGGAACAUCUCGGGGAUCCUCAGAGAUACGGCGGAAAGGGCUGCUUACUAGAGUAAAGAAGGAAAGGAAAAGAGCACAGGAGAGCAAGCCUCUGCCGCCUUCUCCAAGGAAAUGGACACGGCUUGCCACUUCAUGCAAAACAGAAAAGGUGGCAACAGAGAAGGAGGAAGAGCCUCCAAUUGUGGUGAAGAUGCUUGAGAUCCCAGUGGGUGACAACAUGCCAGAGUCUUCAUUCUCCCAGAAUAGGUUAAUAAUGGAGGAUGGCAGUGAGAAAGAACUGAUAAUUAGAAGAAGAGUGAAGAAGGAAAAAGAUGAGGAAGAGAAUCUGGAAUUUGAAGUGGAGGACUUGCCACCUGAGGAAGAGAUGAAGGUUGAGGUGGAGGAGCAGAAGGCUCAAGAAUUCGAGAUGCAAAAAGUCACCAUCCCGAUAGAUGGGAUUUUGGUGCCCUCUUCCUCCUCACACCCCAAUACCUGUGGCGUUUGUGGCAAGAGUUUUAGCCGCCGCUCAAACUUGGCCAAGCACCAGAUCAUCCACACAGGUGAGAAGCCUUACCGCUGCAAUGACUGUGGCCGCAGCUUCAACCAGAGCUCAGCCCUCACCAAGCACCAGCGGACACACACUGGGGAGCGCCCCUACGUCUGCGGAGACUGUGGCAAAGCCUUUACGGCCAGCUCAAACCUCCUCCAGCACCGCCGUUUUCACACAGGAGAGCGGCCCUAUCGGUGUGAGCUGUGUGGCAAGGCCUUCUCCCAGAGCUCCAACUACAACCUGCACCGCCGCAGCCACACAGGAGUCACGCCAUAUCAGUGCAAUGUGUGUGGCAAACGCUUUACUGGGAGUUCCUGCCUUACUCGCCACCAGAGGACCCACACAGGGGAGAAGCCAUACCAGUGCCAGGAAUGUGGCAAGCGCUUUUCUGGGAGCUCCACUCUGGCCAACCACCGGCGCACCCACACAGGUGAGAAGCCUUACGGCUGUGCCGAGUGUGGCAAGAGGUUCACCCACCACUCUAACCUAGUGGACCACUGGCGGGUGCACACAGGAGAGAAACCAUAUGUUUGCACCGAGUGCGGGAAGAGCUUUCGGCUCAGCUCCCACAUCAUUCGCCACCGCCGCACUCAUGCCAACGCCCGCGGUGCUAGCCUGGCAUAUGACAUCCUUGGCAGCGUCGAUACAGCUAGCAGUGACGCCAACAUUAGUGCCCAUCACAUCAGCCUCCUCUAUGAAAACGCCAGCAGCACUGACGGUGGCAGCCCUCACGGGUCCAGUCACAAUGCCCUGUGUGCCAAUAGCAGCAUCUCCAAUGGCAACAAUGAUACUGAUGGGGAAGAGGGCAGCCGGCUUCUCAUCUGCAGCCAGUGUGGUAAAGGUUUCCGCCUGGAGUCCGGCCUUCAAGAAGACUCCGUGCUGGGCGAGGGACCCUAUACUUGUACUGAGUGUGGCACCAGCUGUUGGACGUACGGACAACAAAGCUUAGCUAUGGGAUCACAAAGCGCAAGAGCUGUCAACAUGCAUAGCCUGGAAACAAAGAUGGAGACAGCUGAAAAACAUGCAAGCAAAAGGGGAGAAGAUGUACUAUCAGGAAUAAAAUCUCAGAGAAGUUUAGCAACCCCAGUAGCAAAGCAUCGGCGAGUAGGCCGGGUAAUCUGUGGUGUUUGUGGAAAGAGCUUUGUCAAGACCUGUGAACUGUUUGCCCACCAGCGGACCCACACAGGGGAGAAGCCAUACAAAUGCUCAGAUUGUGGCCAUUGCUUCUCUGUCCAGUCCGCACUGGCCAGUCACCAGAGUAUCCACACAGGAGAGAAGCCUUACAAAUGUCAGGAGUGUGGCAAGAACUUUCGGCUGAAGAGCAACUUGACCCGCCAUCAACGAGUUCAUGAUGGCAUAAGACCAUUCCGAUGUGAAUACUGCGGGACCACUUACAGCACCAAAGCUCACCUGGUCUGGCACCUGAACACCCAUACAGGUGAGAAGCCAUACAAAUGUACUGAGUGCUGGAAGCGUUUUGGAGAGAUCUCCUUGCUGGUAGAGCAUCUUCUUUCGCACCAGGGUGAUGGUAGUGGCGGAAAAAAUGGAACUGUCCCUGCAGGACGUUUAGGUAGUGAGAACCUUCACCGCUGCGAUGAUUGCGGCAAGAACUUCUGCCGGAGCACCACGUUAGCUGAACACCGUCGUAUUCACACUGGUGAGCGUCCUUUUGCCUGUGGGGAGUGUGGCGAGCGGUUCAUGCGACGAGCUCUCUACAAUGAACAUGUCCGCACUCACUCUGAAGAGGGCCCACCCAACCUGUGUGUAGCCUGUGGUAAAUCUUUCACCAAGCGCUAUUCCCUUCUCCAGCAUCAGAGGUCACACACAGGAGAAAAGCCCUACCAGUGCCCCGAUUGUCCAAAAAGCUUCAUUGCCAGCUCUGCCUUGACACAGCACCGGCGGAUACACACUGGAGAGACACCCUACCCAUGUCCAGAUUGUGGGCGCAGUUUUAGCCAGAAAUCGGUGCUCACAACUCAUCGGAGACUUCACACAGGUGAGAGGCCAUACAAAUGCCAGGAGUGUGGGAAAGGUUUUAGUCAGAGUUCCGCGCUGACUCAGCAUCUCCGGACUCACACUGGUGAGUCCCCGUACAGCUGCCAAGAGUGUGGGAAAAGCUUUAGUGGUAUGUCAGCUCUCAAGCGACACCACCUCACCCAUACAGGGGAACGCCCCUUUCGCUGUGAUGAAUGUGGCAAAGGGUUCAAGCAGAGCUCCACGCUGGUCCAGCACCAGAGGAUUCACACUCACGAGAAGCCUUAUGCCUGUCUCCAGUGCAACAAAAACUACAGCCAACGGGCUGCUCUUGCCAAGCACCUGAGGACUCACACCAAGGGAGCCUUGCUUCCUGGCCCAUGCAGUGAGCCAAUAGACACCAGGGUUUACAAAGAGCCUUUUGUCCAACUCCAAGAAGAGGAGGACAAUACAGAGAAUGACAUGGAGAAAGAAGCCGAUGAGGUAGUGGUGCUCCCUCCGGGGACGUGGGAUGCUGAGGUAAAAGAAGAGUCAGAGCUUCAGUGGGAGAAUGACAUACCAUUUGCAGAAACUGAGUCGCUCUCAUGGGUGAAAAACGAAGAUGAGUCAGAUGAGGCCCAGGUAGAAAGGAGAGAACUGUCAACAGUUUCUCUGCACAUCAAAGAGGAACCAGAUGACAUCUUCUUGCUAUAUUACGUAAUGGAGGGACAGCAUAUAAUGGCUCAGGUGCAUAUACAGACCCCAACGUCGUCCUCGUCGUCCUCGUCGUCUGUGACUGGGGAAGAAUCCAGGAGGCUGCGGGUGGCAGCCCGCGAAAGGAUGGCUGGAGGCCGUUUGUUGGACAGUCAUAGCCUGGAUGGGAUAAGCCAAGUGUAUGGAGCAUCCAAGGCUCAGGAAGGUAGGAGGGCUACCAUAUCCAGCGCUUUGGAGCUAGAAGGGACAGUGAGCCAUGACGGGGACCUGACACACUUUGUGGCCAACAACCUGCAGAUGAAGAUCAAGAUGAGCUCCCGGGGCAGUCUGGAUGACACAGAACCCACCUCCUCCUCAUCAGUGUCGUCGCAGUUGUCCGUUAGGGGCAAAACUGCAGAUAUACCUCCAAUUGACCCACAGGUGAUUAGGGAUCUGGAAAGGCUCACUAGGGAUGUGGCACAGAAGGUGGACCAGAUGCUAAGAGCCUUGAACAGCGCUAUCCAGAACAUGACAGCCCUAAGUGUGGGGUACAUCCAGACUUACCGGGAUGCUGUAGACAGCUUGGGUGAAUCUGUGGACAUGAGCAUCAAAGGGAUGUACACUCUGAUGGCAAGAAAUGCUCAGAAAGUUAGUGUUUGGGUGUUGCCAUCUCCUGAAGCUCCUGGCUACGUAGGUUGGGAUCUACUUACUAACAGGAAUAAUACUAUAACUGAAAAUAAUACUAUAACUGCUUUCUUCUUGCAGGGAUUCUUCCAGUGGAACAAGAAAGAAUUCCCCAGUACUAACGCUGCUGUGACUUCCCUUAUGGAACGUGAAAAAGAAACAUGUAUCCUGGAUCUCCAGGAUUCCAGUGAAGAAGAGACACUAAGAGAAGACAUUGAGAUAAUAAAUGAAAAUAAGAAAGAGGAAGCAGAACGACAGAGCAUACAGAAAGAAGACAAGGGGAUUCAUGACAAGGCAAAGAGGCAGCAAGAAAUCUUCCGAGAAAAAGGAAUCGCAGCACAAGGCCAUCUAAUGGAAACUACCCAGCGUGUGGCCAGUAAUGGUGAAUCUGUCAUUUCUGUGGAACAAGAAUCUACGGACAUUUUUUCUGACAAUGACAAGGUGCCCAAAGCUACAAUCUGCCCUGACUGCGGGAAGAGCUUCAGUAACAGCUCCCACCUAGUCCGGCAUCGUCGUGUACAUACGGGAGAGAAACCCUACAAAUGCCCCCACUGUGACAAGAGCUACCGCCAAGACUCCCACCUUGUCCAGCACAUGCGCUCUCACACAGGGGAGAAGCCAUACCGAUGUACUCACUGUGGCAAGGGCUUCUCCCAGAGCUCCAACCUUAUCAUCCACCAGCGGACUCACACAGGCGAGCGGCCCUUCACCUGUCCCGAGUGUGGGCGGAGCUUCAGCCACAGCUCCGAUCUCAUCCAGCACAAGCGGAUCCACACGGGCGAGAAGCCCUACGUCUGCUCCAUCUGCGGGAAGUGCUUCUCGCAGAGCUCCAAGGUCACCCAGCACAAGCGCUUCCAUUCUGGGGAACGGCCGUUUUCCUGCGGGGAAUGCACCAAGACGUUUCGUCUCCGCGCCGACCUGGUUCGCCACCUCCGCGCCCACACUGGCGAGCGGCCCUUUGGGUGCCCAGAAUGCGGGAAGCACUUUGCCGAGAGCUCCCACCUUAUCCGACACCAAAGGAUCCACAUGAGUGAACGGCCCUUUCGCUGCCCAGACUGUGGGAAAGGGUUCAACCAGAGCUCCAACCUGCAGCAGCACCAGCGGGUGCACCGAGGCCAGAAACCCUUCAAAUGUGACGAGUGUGGAAAAGGUUUCGGUGUAAGCUCGGCACUCCUGCAGCACCAGCGCACACACACGGGCGAACGGCCCUACUGCUGCAGCCAGUGUGGGAAGAGCUUCAGUGUCAGCUCCACCUAUCACAUACACCAGCGUAUCCAUGCUGGUCAAAAGCCCUACUCGUGCGCCGACUGUGGGAAGGGCUUCGUGCGCAGCUCCGCUCUCCUUCAGCACCAAGCCACCCACACUGGCGAAAAGCCCUUCCGCUGCCCAUACUGUGGGAGAGGCUUCGGACAGAAGUCAGCACUCUCCCAGCACCGGCGAGCCCAUGUGAGGAGAGGAGAAACGUUGGCUUUGGUGGAGGGCUGGGAUGCUGCUGGGAUGGAAGGUGUUGGGGACCAGGGGGUGGAAGGAGGAGUGGACAGCCUGUGGCAAGGCAACGGGAUAGGGAUUAUGGAGCAGGAGUGGCAGAGUGAAGGGGACGAGAGCAUGAGGCGGGAAUGGGAGGACGAUGGGGAUGAGACGAUGAGGGUGGAGUGGCAGGACAACACAGACGAGAGUGUGGUGCAGCGGUUGCAGGAAGACGGCAGAGAGAGCAUGAGGCAGGAGUGGAAGGAUGGUGUAGAUGACGAAACAGAGUGGCAGGAUGACGAGGACGAGUGUGUGGAGCCCGGCUUGCAGGACGACUGCACCGAAAGCAUGAGGCUAGAAUGCCAGGAUGACCCCGAUGACGAGGCUGAUGAGAGGGUGGAGGUGGGCUUGCAGGGUGAUGGGGACGAGAGCAUGAGGCUGGAGUGUCAGGAUGACGAAAGCGAGGAGGAGGAUUUCCAAGACCAUGAGGAUCAAAGCCUGAGGGGGAAGUGUCUGGAUGAGAUCGUGGAGCCAGACUGGCAGGAUGACAGAGAGGAGAGCCUAAGGGAGGAGUGGGAGAAUGCCGUAGGUGAGAACUUCAGGCAGAAGCACACCAGCGAGGGACAGGAGUGGCACGGCAGUGAAGACGGUAGCGAGAGGCAAAGCUGGCUGGGAGAAGGGGAGGAUAGCUUGGAGGGGGAAGGCGGGGAGAUUGGAAGACAGAGUUGCCAGGAUGAAAAUGAGGAGAUUGUGGUAUUAAAGUGAUUAGUUGGGAUGCAGCAGACAAAAGAAUGGGAGUGGGAUGCUUCGGGAACUCAUUCUAUAGCCCAACCAGCAAGCCAUCAAUAUGUAGUGGACAGAAAUGGCAGGUCUAUCCAUUGGUGCAAAGUAGUCUUGUUCACCUGCAGCAAAUGUGGCUGUGUUUGUGUUGUGUGGGAGAUUCUGCUUGGGCUGCUCUCCACUUGAAAAAUGUUCCUCACCCUCAGUACCUGCAUGCCUGUACUAGAUAUCUCCACGUGGCUGCCUCAUGGUCAAGCUGUAUGAUGAUCCAGCUCCCUGUGUUCUCCCAAGUCUUGUGCCAUUUGCUGGUCAAAUUAAUUCCAAAUCGGGUGAUUUCAUUCAAUCAGCUUUUAAACCUUACCCUACAUCUGUACAUGGUGUGCCACACUUCUCAAACUGAACUAUGUAAUGUUAAAAACCCAUAAAGCUACCUGAGGCAGGUGCCUUUUCAUAAAGAGGUGAGUGACUGUGCCUUUCCUUACUGUUGUAAGCAAUUCUUGCUACACUCCUUGGAUCAGUUCGGUAGGAAGGACACCUCAACUCAGUCUGGAAGCUUUGAAAUCAUUGGCUUAAAAAGAUACUGUGUGAGCAACAAAAAAAGCCCAUUAACUUUGUUUUUUUUAUUUUCACUGGUAUUAUUAGGAGCCCAGGCAAAUCUGGGAACAUAUGUAAGACUCCAGUAUUUAACUAGAACAGCUUUUUAACUCUUACUGCAUGCUCCAGACCCUUUACCCUUCCUAACUGAAGUUAUUUUUGUAACGUUUUGAUUUCUGCUAUUAUCCAUGUCUCCCCCUUAUGAACUAAUAAAUGCUCUUUUUUAUUCCCA